CAAUUUAGCCCGGUCGAACGCGCCAAGAACCACUUCUCCGCAUUUACGUACCCCGGGAAAAUUAUAUUGCAAUAAGGAACCGGCACGACGCCCAGUUUUUGCUCCUAUAGAAAAUAUGCAUGCCACUCAAGAAAUCUCUCAGCUCCGAAAAUCCGCCUGAUAGUUAAAGGAGGUACUUCGCACUUCCAUUGCACCCUUUCCCCCAUCACUUUUGUUAGGUGCCCUCGAUUCUUGUUGCGAGGGGAAUUCACGAUGCGGUUCUUCUCUCUUCUCGCACUCAUCUCAACUGCUUCUGCUACACCGACACAGUCUCUAGAUUUUACGUCUUACGGUCUGGUACCCCGAGCGGAUCCGUCUCUGACUGGGUACCUAGGUGUCUUCUUCUUAGGUGACAAGCCUUCGGUCUACUUUUACACCUCGAAUGGGAACAAUGGCAUCAGCAUGAAGGCCCUCAACAAGGGGCAACCUGUCAUCAACCCGACAAAAGGCACCCAAGGUGUUCGCGAUCCUUCGAUAAUCGCCGGUGGAGGCGCGGACGCCGGCAAGAAAUGGUACAUCAUCGGCACUGAUCUGAACAUUGGAAAGACAACAUGGGAUGCGGCGCAAAGGCAGGGUUCGCGCGGCAUUUUUGUUUGGGAGAGCACCGACUUAAUCAACUGGACGGGAGAACGUCUAGUGCAGGUUGAGGAUGCAACUGCGGGAAUGGUGUGGGCGCCGGACGCUAUCUGGGACGCUCAAAAAGGCCAAUAUCUCGUCCACUGGGCGUCGAAAUUCUACCCCACGAGCGAUCCGCAGCAUACGGGGUCGCCGUCUGCCACUCGCAUCCGCUAUGCCUACACUUCGGAUUUCAAAACCUUCUCUGCACCCCAAGACUACAUUAAUAAGUCACCCACCAAUAUCAUCGACCUCAACAUCCUCCCGCUUGGCGACAACGCAUAUGCUCGCUUCAUGAAGGACGAGACUGCGAAGACCGUCUUCACCGAGAUUUCCACGAAUGGUCUAUUCGGAACUUGGACCCGGCCCGGUGGCAGCAACGCCAUCAUCACAAGCGGGGUAGAGGGCCCCGCGGCUUAUUGGGACAACCAAGUAGCGGGCAAGGCAUAUUUGCUGCUGGACUUCUACGGUAGUGAUGGAUAUAGGCCGUACGAGAGUACCGAUGUCAAAGGUGGCAAAUGGACUGCGAGCGAUAGGAGCGCGUUCCCCAAGAAUCUGAGGCAUGGAAGUGUGCUGCCAGUAAAUGCCGCCCAGCUCUCUGCUGUGAGCGCGAAGUGGCCCGCUUAAGAGAAGGCGAGAAGCCAAAGGUCGAUCUACCAUCGUCCAACGGCGAGCUGGCCUGUAAAAGCCAAGCAUCAUUAUCGCUCAAUCUAGUGCAUAUAUUUCUACAACGGCUUAUCAACUUGCAUAUCUCGGAUUUCGUGGUUGUGGAACCAUCACGUGCAACCGCGUUGAAAUUAGUCGGCUAAAUGCUCGCGCUUUCCAUCU